AAUAUUUAACUCGGUUAAUUAUAAAACGAACGGCAAACAUUAUUGCAUUCAUUAAACCACAAUGGCAUCCUUUGAAUUAGAUGGAAAAGUGGCCAUAGUUACCGGAGGAGUGAGCGGUAUUGGCUUGACAUACGUCAGGCAACUCCUAGAAAAUGGCGUCAAGGGAGUCACUCUGGCCGACAUUACACCCAACCAAGAAGUGGUGAAGGAGCUAGAAGAUAAGUAUGGGGCGAACAGGGUGACUUUCGUUAAAACCGAUGUGACCGAUUAUAAACAGUUUGAAGAGGCUUUUAAGCAUACCGUAGAUAAGUUUAAGAACGUCGAUGUUCUUAUUAAUAAUGCUGGAAUCAUUGAUGAGAGUGAGGAGACGUGGACAAAGUCGGUUGAGGUUAAUGUGAUAGGAGUCCUCAAUGGCAUCCUCUUGGGCUUAGAACACUACCUACCAAAAUACAAGUCUGGUCAAGAGGGCUUAAUAGUAAACACCUCCUCAACAGCCGGAAUCCAAAGUAUCCCUCAAUGUCCCAUUUAUUCCGCCACAAAAUUCGCCGUGGUAGGUGCCACAUUAUCAUUUGGUCACCAGGCGCAUUACGACCGGCAGGGGGUAAGGGUGGUGGCCAUAUGUCCAAAUGCCACUGACACGCCCAUUUUCAACUGUUACAGGGGCUAUAACCAGAGGUACGGUGUCGUGAACAAAGGAAAACCGAAAAUCUGGAAUCUGCAGACGUUAGAUCAGAUUGCCCCAGGGUUAUUGAAAGUGAUCCAGAAGGCUCCCAAUGGGACUAUUUGGGUGUUGGAACACGGCGAGCCGCCUUAUCAGUACGUAUUGCCUGAUCGGGCGGUAGUACCUAAAGUUUAUUUGUAAAUAAAUCGGUUAUGUGUGGUUUUUUUUUAAUGAUAAAUAUUGGAAUAAAGUAGUCGACAUGGUA